CUGGACUCUGGACCUUUGGCUCCACAGAGACGCUACUGUCUGAGGAACCAUGAAGCUGAGCGUCUUCUUCAUCGUCGUCUUCAGCGUCUCCGGCUGCCGGCCGACGUCAGUGUUUCAGGACCCGGGUCCAGCCCACAGUGUUCUAGUCAGGGUCCGGAGGUAUAACUCAGGCUGGUUUGAGGAGCUCCAGAUGGGGGAUCUGAAGAGGGAGUGUCUGGAAGAGCGAUGUUCCUACGAGGAGGCGAGGGAGGUGUUCGAACACACCGAGACCACGGACGAGUUCUGGAGGACGUACAACGUACCGGAGGUGUGUGUUUCUGGUCCGUGUCUGAACGGGGGCAGCUGCUCUCCUCAGGGUUCGUCCUUCACCUGCUUCUGCCUCCCCAACUUCAGUGGACUCACCUGUGAGCUGGAGCAGAGUGCGGUGCGGGACACCUGUCUGCUGCAGAACGGAGGCUGUGAGCAAUACUGCGAAGAAGACCAGGAAGGACGAAGACUGAACUGCUCCUGUGCCGACGGAUACUUCCUGCAUGACGACGGAUUGGGCUGCGUGGCUAAAGAGGCCAUAGCGUGCGGCAUGGUUCCGGUUCUGCUCGGGGAAAAUAAGGCGCAGCAGGACUCCCGGGCCCGGAUUGUCGGAGGGGUCGAGUGUCCUAAAGGGGAAUGCCCCUGGCAGGUUCUGCUGGUGUAUAAAGGUAAAGGCUUCUGUGGAGGAGUGAUCUAUAAACCCUUCUGGAUCCUCACAGCCUCUCACUGCGUGGAGGACGCCCAGGUCCAGUUCCUCAAAGUGGUCGCAGGCGAGCACAACACGGCGGUGUCGGAGGGCACGGAACAGCUGCUCGCGGUGUCGCAGAUCUUCAUGCAUGAGGGCUACGUGAAGAGCACGGCGGACAACGACAUCGCGCUGCUGAAGUUAGCGUCGCCGGUCGUCUUCACGCCGUACGCCGUUCCGGCCUGCUUGCCGACGCGUCCCCUGGCGGAGCGCGAGCUGUGGGCGGUGAGCGAGCACACGGUGAGCGGCUGGGGCCGGCGGGCCGAGAACGGGCCCACCUCAAACGUCCUGCGGCGCCUGAAGGUACCGAGGAUCCGGACUCAGCAGUGUGAGGAGCAGAGCGGCGUGAAGCUAACGGCUAACAUGUUCUGCGCCGGUUACAUCGAGGGCCAGCAGGACUCAUGUAAGGGCGACAGCGGCGGCCCGCUGGUGACGUUGUACCGCCAGACCCACUUCCUGCUGGGCAUUGUGAGCUGGGGGCGGGGCUGCGCUCGGCCCGGGAACUACGGCAUCUACACCCGGGUGUCCAACUUCCUACCCUGGAUACACAACCACACCAUGACCCUGAACGCACCGCCGGGGAACAACAGCGAGACCGCGGGACUCAACCACACCAUCUGAGGAGACAGCCACAUAUUUAGAUUCCUAAUUCAUUACUUAGAGUCAUUGAAAUCCCAAAAACCUUUGGUUUCUUUCAUAUUAAAGUUCCCUUGGACGACAGAAGUAAUCCAGUCAGUGAAUAAUAAAUCAUGAUCAGCUUAUUAUAUUUUUGUUUUGAUGAUUUGUACAGGAACUCAUCCGUCAGAUAAAUGUAGGAAGAGUAUAUAUAUAUAUACAGACCUGCCUUGUUGCUGAUAAUAAACUGAGUAUAUACGA